UUGUUUGCUGCAUUUGUUAUCGAUAACAAACAUCUGGCGUAGCAUACAUUUUGGCGCUGCAAGCGCUUGCGCAGGAAAUAAUUGAUUCAUUUUCAUUCUUUGUGUUGGGCCCCCAGAAUGGAACCCUCUGAAGCAGCACAAAUAUUGUGAUACCUGUAGUUCCAGACAGCCUCGUCUUCGAUUGUCAAUGUCAACAGUCGCUUGGCAAAUAACAUAUGGAGACAUUCAGCAUGGACUUGGACUUGGAUUUGGAUGCGGCUGGCGCAAGUGGAGGAGCAGUCAGUGUCAGCCAAUAUGAGUUGUCCUACGGCGACCAUAUGGACACGUACAACGUUGAGACCUCUGCUGUUCAUCGCAAGUUGCAGAGCAAAGUGGAGGCCUUGAGAAUACUGCGGCAGGAGUUGGAGCAGUUUCGCGUGGAAAGGGAUCAAUAUAAGCUCAUGGCAGAGACCCUGCAGCUGCGCUACUCUGCCCUGAAGCGAAACAGCGAACUCGGGAGUGUGGCAGGCAAUGGCUGCGGCCCACUCAGCCAGAACUCCAGUCUUGCUGCGCUGCUGCACGAGACUCGCGAGCAGAAUCUCAAGCUAAACACCGAAGUGGAGGGGCUGAGGCAGCGUCUGAACGAGCUGCAGGGCGACAUGGAGCUGCUGCGUGAGACGGAGGCCAGCAAUAAGUCGCGGGUGCAGGCCAUGGCCAGCGAGAAUGCGGCACGCAACAAGGAGGAGCUGCAAUGGCGUCGCGAGCGUGCGAAUUUCAUUUGCCAUCUGGAGAAUCUGAAGAAGCGAAAUGCACAGCUGGCGUUUGAUUUCAAGGCGAUCAUCGACGAGAAGGAGGAACUCAUCACAGAGCGCGAUGCGUACAAGUGCAAGGCGCAUCGCCUGAACCACGAACUGUUUGUGGCAUUGAGGGCCAAGAAGACGCAUCCCAAGCUGCUGGACAUCGAUGGCGUACUGCUGGAGAACAAGUACCUGCACGAGCGUGUCAAGAUCCAGGAGGGUGAACUGGAGCUAACCAAACAGAGCAUUUCCAAGUACAAGACCAUGCUGGAUGCAAAGCGCAAGAAAGGAAUUGUCAAACUUGGCGGUGGCAACAGCAGCACAAACGAUGAAACCAUUUUGAGCCCCAGGCAAGUCAAGACAAUUCUGGAGAGCGGCAUUGACCUGCCGCAGAAAACGGAGACCAUACAUGACCUGAAAUCGUUGUGCUUGGCGCUGCUCGAUAACCUGAAUGACAAGAACCUGGCGCUGACGCAUCAGAAGAAGACCAAUAAAAUACUCGCUGGCAAAAUGACAGACUUGGAGCAACGCUGGCAGCAGCUGCUGGCCGGGGAUGGUGCCGAUGCCUCGCCGGAUCAGGAGGAUGAUGAGGAGUAUGGUUAUGCGCCCUCGCAGCUGCUGCUCAAUGGCUAUUGCGCUGCUAUGGUGGAUGACAUAGACAUCAGCAGCAUUCCGUCCACGGGUGCAGAUAAUGCUGGCGGCACUCUGACUCCCGAGGAGCCGCAGGAGGAGCACAACAAGCACAAACCGGGCAGAAUCGAGGCGCUGCACUCUGACGAUGGCAUGUCAUCACUGUCCACUGAGUCGGUGGACUCAUCCGUCUACGAGGUGGAUGUGCAGCGGGAGGACUUCCAUAAAUCAUCGUCGGCCACCACAGAUUCGGGCAAUUGUGGCUUCGGCACCCGCAGCAAUGGCACGCCGCGCAUCUCCAGCGCUGUGGCACGGGAGCGAAUGGAGGAUCUAAAGGAUCUGCCACCGCACUUGGCCACACUGGUGCAGAAGGCACUGCACGAGCUGGACAUGCGGGACUACGAGGCAAUGGUCACGAUACAAGCGGAGCAUGUGGCCACCAUCCAUUAAUAGCAAAGAACUAGUCCUAUACUUCUAUUUAUUUUGAAGCCGAAGAGAGGACUCUAAUAGAACCAUAUCGUAAAUGUUGACAAGAUGCCGUUC